GACCCCGCCCCCACUUCCGUCGCCGUCGCCUUGCUCAAGGCCAGGCUGGUUCGCGUUUGCUGCUGCGGGUCUUAUGAAACUGGCACGACUCAUGAAGGUCUUCGUCACUGGCCCGUUGCCCGCCGAGGGCAUGGCUGCUCUCACCAAGGCCGCAGACUGUGAGGUGGAGCAGUGGGAUUCGGAUGAACCCAUCCCCAGAAAGAAACUGGAGCAAAGCGUGGUGGGGGUCCAUGGCUUGCUCUGCCGCCUCACUGACCGUGUGGACCAGAAACUUCUGGAUGCUGCAGGAGCCAACCUCAGAGUCAUCAGCACCCUGUCAGUGGGGGUUGACCACUUGGCUUUGGAUGAAAUCAAGAACCGAGGGAUCCGGGUGGGCUACACGCCAGGUGUCCUGACAGAUGCCACCGCAGAACUUGCUGUCUCCCUGCUACUCACCACCUGCCGCCGGUUGCCAGAGGCCAUAGAGGAAGUAAAGAACGGCGGCUGGAACUCAUGGAACCCCUUAUGGAUGUGUGGCUAUGGACUCUCGCAGAGCACUGUUGGCAUUGUGGGACUAGGGCGCAUAGGUCAGGCCAUUGCUCGACGACUGAAACCAUUUGGUGUCCAGAGAUUUCUCUACACGGGGCGCCAGCCCAGGCCUCAGGAAGCAGCAGAAUUCCAGGCGGAGUUUGUGUCUCUUGCUCAGCUGGCUGCAGAGUCAGACUUCAUUGUAGUGGCCUGCUCCUUAACACCUGCUACCAGGGGGCUCUGCAACAAGGAUUUCUUCCAGAAGAUGAAGAACACAGCUGUCUUCAUCAACAUCAGCAGGGGAGACGUGGUAAACCAGGAUGACCUGUACCAGGCAUUGACCAGUGGUCAGCUUGCAGCAGCAGGGCUGGAUGUGACCACUCCGGAACCGCUGCCUCCGAGCCACCCACUGCUGACCCUGAAGAACUGUGUGAUCCUGCCCCACAUCGGCAGCGCCACCUACAAAACUCGCAACACCAUGUCCUUGCUGGCAGCUAACAACUUGUUGGCUGGCCUAAGAGGGGAGACGAUGCCCAGUGAACUCAAGCUGUAGCCAGAGGGACCUGGGCUGGAGACAUCUUGCUGGACUUUGGACUCAGGAAAGAGCCUGGCGGAAGCCUCCUCCUCUACUGCAUCUUCGGGGGGACAUGGGAACUGGUAAAUGGGCUUGCUGCUUUGGGGGCUUGCCACAUCCAAGCCCAAAGCCUGUAAUUCUAGCAUUAAAUACCUUCUGACACAGCG